AUGAGCGGCGGCCGGCGGAAGGAGGAGCCGCAGCAGCAGACGUCGCACUCGCAGCAGCACCCGGUGGCCAACGGCGGCGGCGGCGUCCUGCGGGGCUCGCUGUGGGGCAAGGCGCUGCGGAGCGACUCCGCCUGGGAGGACAAGGAUGAGUUUCUAGAUGUGAUUUAUUGGUUCCGGCAGAUCAUUGCUGUUAUUUUGGGAGUGAUCUGGGGCAUUGUUCCGCUAAAGGGAUUUAUAGGCAUAGCAAUAUUCUGCCUCAUAAAUGCCGGUGUCCUGUACCUCUAUUUUAGUAGCUUCCAACAGAUAGAUGAAGAGGAGUAUGGAGGAACAUGGGAACUAACAAAGGAAGGGUUCAUGACGUCUUUUGCAUUGUUUUUGGUUGUCUGGAUAAUCUUCUACACUGCCAUCCAUUAUGAUUGACAAAAUAAGCCAAAUCAGUUGUCACAAGAGAUCAAAGAACACUUUAAGGAGCAGCCUCUGAUGGACUGGUGGGGGGAGGUAAAAUAAGCCUACUUUUAUACCCAAGGUCCGAGGAGAUGGGACAAGCUUCAUGGCUUCUGAGAAGAGAAAUUGAGUCUGUGUUGAUCAUUUCUUUUUUUAAAAGUGUUGCUUUUCUGGAACUUAAAAAAGCCAUCACAAUAUUAAACAGUUCAAGACUGUUCAACCUUUGAAUCCUUUCUGUGACCUUAUCCACUGCAGUGACAACCAACCUCUCUUUGCUAAAGGGUGACCCUAGUAAUUAACUUAUGCCCACAAUGUUGCCCUCUCCCAAAUGAGAUCUGUUGAAUUUGUGAC